CACGGUAAGAGAGCGGUGGAAAAAAAAUAGUACUCGAAUGACUAGCUAGCAGCCCAGCCAAGCACCGGUCUCUCUACGAUAGAAGCUGAAAGGCUCUAACAACGAAGGAGAAAAGAAAGGGUAGAAGGAAAAGAACCCAGCAAUCUUUCUGUGAUGUUUGUGCAAGCUGUCGUACUAGUUUUGGUGGUGGUUUUGAUUGGAUGGGGUUAUCAAGCCAUCCAACCUCCACCACCAAAGCUCUGUGGUUCUCCAGGUGGCCCACCUGUUACUUCACCUAGAAUCAGACUUAGAGAUGGAAGGUAUCUGAGCUACAAAGAAAGAGGAGUCCCCAAGGAGAUUGCUACCUACAAAAUCAUUGUCGCCCAUGGCUUCGCCGACUCCAAAGACUACCUCAUACCGGUUUCUCGAGAGCUGGCAGAAGAGCUUGGGAUUUACCUUCUCUCCUUUGAUAGAGCUGGGUAUGGAGAGAGUGAUCCGAAUCCGAAAAGAUCUGUGAAGAGCGAAGCUUUCGACAUACAAGAUCUUGCGGAUCAGUUGGAGAUCGGAUCGAAGUUCUAUGUGAUUGGUAUCUCCAUGGGAGCAUACUCUGCUUGGAGCUGUCUCAAGCACAUUCCACACAGGUUGGCAGGUGUAGCGCUGAUAGUUCCACUGGUUAACUACUGGUGGCCUUCUUUUCCUGCCAAUCUAUCUAAAGAUGCCUUCAGGACACAGAUUGUACAAUACCAAUGGGCGUUUUGGAUUGCGCAUUAUGCUCCUUCCCUGCUGUACUGCUGGAUGACACAGAAAUGGUUCCCCUCACUAAGAUUCAUAGUGGGCCACCCAGGAACUUUCAGCCGUCAAGACAGGGAGAUUCUUCAGAAGAUGUUGGCAGCUGAACCACCUACUCAGGAUAAAGCCCGGCAACAAGGCGAUUAUGAAUCCCUCCAUCGAGACUUGAUGGUUGGCUUCGGCAAAUGGAGCUUCGAUCCUAUGGAUCUAAACAACCCAUUUCCCCACAACGAGGGCUCUGUCCACAUAUGGCAAGGGUAUGAAGACAAGGUCAUUCCCGUCGCUCUACAACGCUAUGUUUCGAAGAGGCUUCCAUGGAUCCAGUAUCAUGAGCUUCCCGAUGGCGGACACCUUCUUCUGAAAGCUGAUGGUGUAAGUGAUAACAUCCUAAGGGCACUUGUACUGGGAGAAAAGUCAUCUAUCACAGAUUUUACUUAAGAUAUCCUGCUUGGAGUUGCUUUGAUUGACGAUAACUCGGAAUAAAAAUCCUGUUACAGAAUGUAGAAUAAUUGGGUGCUCUUUCAUGACACCUUAUCAUACUGUUUAUGGUUUGUUAUCAAUAAAAAAAGGUUUAGAGA